AUGCACUUGAAAGAUAAUAACUUGGCCGCUGGAGAUCUCAAGGCCCUUGAAUACUUUCAAUUCGCUGUAUGGCCUCUCUUCACCACUGCGGCUCAUCCUUGCCCACCACCCAUAUCUUUGGCCAUGGAAUUCCAACCUGUGCUACUGGCUGUAUGUGAAUUGGCCGAGGCGCAUCGCACACUGCGGGACGAGGCUGGAAGUAACACAGUGAGCGCACCGUUUGAUAAAAGAAUGAGCUGCUUGGCUUCAAUCAGGGAGCAGCUUCGAAUCAAUAACUCCAAUCAAGCAUCACUUUCACCUCUGCUGAUCGCAGUCUUUCUGCUCUAUUUUCUGGACGGCUUCAUUGAAUGUGAUCAUCAAUCUGCCUCGACAGCAAGUCACCACGUGGGUGUCCAAGCGAUCGUUGAUCACCUUGGAGGUUUCACAACUCUUAUCAAAAUGGGCCAAAAGGAUAUCACUAUGCUAUUAUCAGAGUUCGCAUCCACAGACCUGACAAAGGCUCUGCUGGACGAUCGAGCUCCUUGCUUUCCUGCUGAAAUCUGGACACAGAUAGAGCAUGGGACAGUGUGGUGGGACCAAGAAACAUACAAUGGCACGACACUGGCAUCGGUGUUUAGAAUAAUGGCAGAAAUGUCUUUAUAUCGCCAGCAAAUCAAAGGAGUUCCGGAGACAUUCUCAAUGGAAGUGGUGCGAGAUUUUGAGCGAUGCCUACAGCCGUCAUUCCAAAUUCUCAACACCGACCAUAUCAAAAACCCAAAUACUGACACUGUGCAUGAAUCAACGCUUGAAGCAAGGAUGCAGGCCGAUUCCUUCACGCGUGCUUUUCAACAUAGUGCGCUCGUCUACCUCUACCGAGCAAUUUGUGGCCUUCCACCGAGGCAUUGUCUGGUACAGCAACAUGUCCAGUCAUGUGUGGAGUGCAUCAAAAGCAUCUCGCCUCUUUCUAAAGCUCAUAACUGUAUAAUAUUUCCGUUGUACAUAAUGGGUGCCCACACAUUUCUGCAAGACCAGCAGGCCUUCGUCUUGGAGAGACUGGAAUUUAUAUACAAAUACUUGCGCUUCAACUCUGUGCUGUUGGUUCGCGCAGCGUUGGAGGAUUUGUGGACUUCGCCGCGGCAUAAUGGGGAUUGGUGGGAUAUGUUUAGAUCUCUAGGUGAACACGUACUCGUGAUCUAG